UAAACUUCUUUCAUAGCUAUUAAUAAUAGAAAGACAGAGAAAGAGAGACAUUGAGAGAGAAGAAAUCAUCGCUAGGAAAAAAAAAAUCCUGUUCCCUUAUUAUCCCUCAUGGACGCUUCGAGGGACAAACAACUGCCUUCAGAUCUCUCUUGCACAGCUUCCUCAUCCACAGCUUUUCCAAAUCAAGAUUCUCUAAACCAGAGACUAGAACAAAGCACCAAACACGAAGAAACAGACGUUCUUGAUUCUAGUGAUCAAGAACAACUCAAUCAAGAACUCAAUCUCAUCGACUGCAUAGACACGAGUAUUGAUGAUGUAAGUCCGAGUUAUAACGGAUCUACUAAAUCCACAGAACAGAAGCUUUUCUCAUGUAACUACUGUCAAAGAACUUUCUAUAGCUCACAAGCACUUGGUGGUCACCAAAACGCACACAAGAGAGAGAGGACGUUAGCAAAGAGAGGGCAACGAAUGGCAGAAUCAGCCUCGGCUUUUGGACAUCCUUACGGCUUCUCUCCUGUUCCUUUCCAUGGACAAUACAACAACAGGUCUUUGGGGAUUCAAACGCAUUCGAUGAGCCACAAGCUAAGUUCAUAUAAUGGGUAUGGUAGUCACUAUGGUCAGAUCAACUGGUCAAGACUACCACUUGAUCAACAACCAGCCAUAGGUAAACUGUCUUCAAUUGAGAAUUUUCAUCAUCAUUAUCAUCAUCAGCAUCAGCAUCAUCAGAUGAUGAUGGAUCCUUCAGUAAAUUCACGGUCCGAUAACAUCGGUAGAUCAUCGAGCAACAUAGGAAAGAUUCUAGUAGGGUCACCGAUUCUUGAACAAUGGCGAGGAGACGGAGUACUGUUAAGCCCUAAUCAGGAAGAUCAGCAGAAGCUUGACUUGUCUCUCAAGCUCUAA